GUCCUUAGCGUUUCGUGUUGUAGUCUUGUAGAAAAGAGAUUGAACUUGUAAAAUUUUUCAAAACAAUGAGAUAAAUGCUUUGAAAAUCGCCCUGAAAAACACUCUACUUGCUUGGUAGUGGUGGACAAGUGUACAAGGGCCUGUAAAUGUUGAAGUUUCAUGGCUAACACGGAGAUUAAACCGAGAAAAAAUCGUUCGGAGGCAAAGCCAUUUUACUUGCCAAGUGGACCGACCAGUGCCGAGAUUGUCGCUGAAGCAAGAACAUCUGUCCGAUGUGUGGAUACAAAAAGGCCUUGUACUCCGGUGGAAUCGCAGAGGACUUUGUUUGGAGGUUCUCGUAGACCAGAAAGUCACAGUCGACCUCCGUCAGCCUUUAGUAUUGGUCCUCGUCAUUUUGUCGAACCUGAUCUCCCCUCCCCCACUACGCUCACAAACCGUCUGCAGCCUUUGGCCAAUGCACCAGAUGCUCCUGAUGGCCCAUUAUACAAGCCUGAUGAAGAUCAUGUUGUGGUUCAGAUUGAACGCAAAGUAAAACAAAGUGUGAGGUUGUCAAAGAGUGUUGAUCCGUUACAACCACUCGACUUUCACUCUUCCGACAAUGGCGGCCUUCUGCCAUCGCCUCCUAAACCUGUCCGACCUCACGAUGUCGCCUCGAGACGAGGCUCAACUGGAAAUAUCGCAAAACAAAAACUAGGUGAUAAUAUUCACGACACGCGACGAGCACACAGCGGGCCUAUUAAACGGACCUCCCCUCGGGAUGUAUCGGACAAUAAUCGUGCAAAAAGCAGUCCGACCACGGGCCGACUUUCCAACGAAACUCUGAACAAAAAAGGCGCGAAUGAAAAAGAUGCUUUAGCUUUGGAAACGAAAAAACUCUCCCGUUUAUACAAAGAACUUGUUCGACCUGUUUUGAAAGAAAUGGACGAUAAUCUUCAACAAGAAGACGCAAAUUUGUUGUGUGAAAAUUGUCAAAGACUGUUAAACAAACUGAAGAAAGUAGGCAUUUUGCCCGAGACGAAAGUGGUUGAGGGGUCCAGCUUUAAAGUACAGAUAUUGAAGUGUUUGUUUAGUUAUUUGGCUAUAAAAGAUUCACAUUUGCAUCUGAGAUUAGCGAAGAUUGUUUUGAUGUUUAAUUUGUCAGAAAAUAACGAAGAAAAUAUUUUCAAGUUGAUGUUUAAAGUCAGCCGGGAUGAAAACAAUGAUCUGAUGUUUCUGGAAGAACAAGUCACAGAUUUGCUGAUCGAUAAAGUGUCAAAAUUUGAUGGCAGUGGAAAAUACGAAGCUUGGAUAUACUGCGUUGGGGCGCUAAAACUUCUCUCAGGAAACUCAGCUAUUCGCAAGAACAUUGUCACAAGUGGUUGUGUGGAAGCCUUGGGUGUUGUCCUUAGUACCAUAGUUAAACAGAAUUCUAGUGAAGUGAAGUUAAAGAAGAACAAUACUAACCUUUUAUUACCGGUAACAGCCGUUCUGAGAAACUUAGCAGACGUGAAUGGCAGCCGUGAUGUGUUUUUGAAGAGGAACCUCCUUCCUGAACUCAUGGCGAUCUUAAAAAUAUUUAAAACUGACAGCGACGUGGUCAUGAACAUUUGCCGCAUUUUAAGUAAAAUGACGUUAUACGACGAGUGUUGUAUUGCUGUUAGUUCAGUAACCUUCUGCUUUGAAACGUUUCUUCGGGUACUGGGGAUUCACUUAAAGUCACAGGAAAUUGUUGUCAGAGUGCUAUUCAUUCUCGGAAAUCUGACGACGAAGAGCGACGAAACGCGACAUAAUUUGUAUUUCACCAAAGCUUCCACGAAAUAUCUUCUCAUGGUAUUUCAGUCUUUCUUUGAGAGAAAUAUCCAGGCCUCAAAGACAGGCGAAGAUAAUAACGAGGCUAGUGCAGAACAAGAAAACACAGAGGAUGUCCUAAAUAAGAUGGUACGGGUCAUAGCAAAUCUUUCAAUUCAUCCCGAAGUUGGGCCUGAUAUUGCAAAGAACAUGGAAAUAAUAGAACUUUUAGUGCAAGUCUUAGAAGUCAAAGAUUUUACGACAAGCGAGGAGUUGGUUCUUAAUACUAUCGCUACCAUCAACAAUCUUUCCUAUUACGCUGAAGAAAACACGGCUUUAGCAGUGAAACGUAGCACUGUAACACAAUUAUUGAUGGGAAUGUUGGUAGCCGAUAAUAUGGACGCCAUUCUUGAGGUCUCGCGUGUUUUUGGAAAUUUUUCUCGCUUCAAAGAUGUUCGAGACAUAUUAUCCAGCCACAAAGUUGAUGAGAUGAUGAUAUCAUUGCUGGACUCAGGCAGUCAUGAGAUCGUGUACACAGCCUGUGGCGUGCUAAUCAAUUUAAUGGUCGACCCUGAGAAACGUUCAGUCCUCAAAGAGGAAGGCGGCAUUAAGAAGCUGAUCGAUGUUCUUAGAGAUUUCGGCAAAAUUGACUGGCAGCUCGCGGCAAUGGUGUGUCAAACGUUAUGGAACUAUGGUGAAAGCACGUGCAACGUUUACGAAGCAUUUGGAGAGGAAGAAACCAUUGUGCUGACAGAUUUAUUGCGGGAAUAUCUUGACGAGGAGACGGCUUUCGAUUAUGUAAGUUCGCGAAAGAUAGACCCAUCUGUUCAAACACUUCUUCGCGAAACGUGGAAGGAAAAUUUCGAGUUGGUCGGCGAACACUUAUUACAAAAAAUUGAAUCCAAGGAAUCGGACCUAGUCCCCUUGGAGGAGCCAUCUUAAGGCGUCUCACACUGUGCUGAUGCUGGCGGUGAUCUCCAUUAUAACUGAAACGAUAAGUUAAGGGGGGGGGGAGAAAUUGAAGACUGAUAUCUUCGGAUUUCUUUUGGAAGUGCAAUAGCUCACAAUAGAAAUCCGUCGGGCAGAACUGAAUAUAUGAAUAUUCACCCCCAAAUUAUCGUUCUAGUUACGCCCCUGACUGAAAUUUUAGGAGUGUGAAAUAGCAGUUGCUUUCAAGUCUUGAAAUUUCUGCACCGAAUUGCGAUUUUCAAUAGCUUUAGUUUGAUGUACUGGCUGAUGUUUAGGGCUGAGUAUUUAAGCUCAAAAAUCAGAAAAACUAUUUUGGCUUCAGGUAAACAUAUCGUCUUUUUCUCCGAUUAUCGCCCCAGUUGUAUUAGAGUUCAAUGAGUGCGGGUAAGCAAAUUUUAGGAAAUCGAGCACACUCCCCCCGGAAAGUGUUAAACCGCUGAUCUGUUGUCAGAAGGUGCGUGUAUCCUAGUGUAAGAUAAAGACAGAGAAUUCAUUAACUUAUUCAAAGAAAACGUAAGUUUAAUAUAUACAUACAUAUAUAGUGACGCUUUUAAAUUAUUGGUGCGUAUCACUUGUGACAUGUGCGUGUGAAGAUACUUUUUAAAAAACACUCAAAAUUUCGCUGUUUAUUCUUUAAUUGUAGUUUCUCGAGAUAUCCAUCCCGUUAGCGCCAUACUUGCUAGGUCUCCACUGAUCAGCCUCGUGUCCGGGUGUAAUGUCGUUAACAUGUUUAGCAUACCUUAGAAAAAGCGGAGCAUCCCACAUUUAGUAAACUCGCAAAAUUUUGCCGCAAAAUAUUGGAAAAUGCGGAAAGCCAUAGCCCUUUAAAUUUUGCAUACUUCUGU